AUGUUGGAAAAUUAUGGGACCAUGGUUUCCCUGGCAGCAUUUCCACUUCCCAAACCUGCUCUGAUUUCCCAGCUGGAAGGAGGAGAAGCACCAUGGUUCUCCCAUCACCAGGGAAUUCUGUUUAGAGAAGGCUUGAGGAGCAUCUUCUCAGGACAUCCAUAUCUAAAGCCGCCUGUGGUCUCUCAGCUUGAACAGGUGAGAGGGUCACUGGACCUGAAGCUGCAUGGAGAGAAUGAAAGCCCAGUUAACACCGGUAUACUGAAGAGUGGAAAAGAGGAUUUUAUUCUGAAGCAGGAAUUUUUUCAGGAGGCACGCAGCCGUAGGAGUAUAUCAGGUAGUCUCCGGUGCUAUGGCUCCCAGGAAGUCUGGUUUGGAAAAACCCAUGAAGGAGGAAAAAGCCCGUUGCAGGGAAGAUGGUCCAGCGGGCAAAGCGUGGAGAGCCUUGCAAGUGAUAUUAUAGAAGUGAUUGUCAAGGACGAGGUGGUAGAAAAACAUUCAGACUCUGCUGGUCUCAGUACCCACCUUACUGCAUGUCAGAGAAUUCUAAGCGAGCAGCUGUGCUGUAAAUGUGAAGAUUGCGGCAAAUGCUUUUAUCAAAACGAAGACUUUGUUCAACAUCAGAGAACUCAUAAUAAAGACAAAGUCUACGGAUGUAAGGAAUGUGGGAAGGUUUUCCGUUUUCGAUCCCACUGCAUCGCCCAUCAGAGAAUUCACACUAGGGUGAAACCCUACGAAUGUCAAGAAUGUGCUAAGGCCUUUGUUUGGAAGUCAAACCUGAUCAGGCAUCAGAGAAUACAUACGGGAGAGAAACCUUUUGCGUGUAAGGAAUGUGGGAAGGGCUUUAGUCAGAACACAAGCCUCAUACAACAUCUCCGAAUCCACACGGGGGAGAAACCUUACACGUGUAAAGAAUGUGGGAAAAGCUUUACUAGGAACCCCGCCCUUCUUCGACAUCAGAGAAUCCACACCGGAGAGAAGCCUUAUGAAUGCAAGGUCUGUGGAAAGGGCUUCAUGUGGAACUCCGAUCUUGCUCAGCACCACAGAGUCCACACAGGGGAGAAGCCUCAUGAAUGCACUGAGUGUGGGAAGAGCUUCAUUUGCAAGGCACACCUUAUCAGGCAUCACAGGAUCCAUACUGGAGAGAGACCGUAUAAAUGCAAUGACUGUGGAAAGGCCUUCAGUCAGAAUUCUGUCUUAACAAAGCACCAGAAGCGCCAUACUAGAGAGAAACCCUUUAACGUGGACAUCGCUCAUCUUCUUGAACUUUCAAGAAUGCAGAAUGGUGAUACUUGUUUAUAA